AUAAAAAAAGGAUGAUCGUAAUCUUUAGAAAUGCGACACGUUAAAAAGUAUUUCUCUCUCUCUUUCUCUUUCUCUCUCUUUCUCUCUCUCUCUGUUAAUGUGUAGGCUCUUCGCAUUCGAUGGAACGUGAAGGGGGAUGUAACGGAUCAUCGAGAUUGCAAACGGUACUUUAUUCUUAGCUGGAGCACUUGCUGCAGCUCGUGCAUGAUAAUGCGACGUUACUAACCGUGCGAUUUUCUGUCCUUGACAACUGUUAAAAAAGUAACGCACACGGACGAUGAUGUAACGGGACUUUCGCUGUCGCUGUGCAGUUAAGCAAUGAUGUCCGCACAAUGCAAUCGCUUCGUGCAAAACGCUUGGAAGAAGGAGCUAUGUUCGAAUUGUUUCAAAUUGAGAGAGGAACACGCGUCGAACGAGGACGCGUUAAGAUUGUUCAACAUAGAAAAAGCAUCGUCCAAUUUAAAAUUAGAUAAUUUUAAACUUCAGAGUAUUCUACGAGCAAAAGAAUCAACAACAGCGCAAAAAGAUCGAAGGAAAAAGAACGUUGCUUUUCCGGAAUCCUUGACCGAAGUUAUCGGUUAUGGUGGUGACGACUUUCUAUCCGAGGAUGAAGAGGAAGACGACGUCGAACAGGUGUUGGUUGAUUCUUUGAACGCGGAAGAAGAUGUGGUACCGGACAGCGAGGAGGAACGUGCUUUGAGCAACUUGACCCGAGCAAAUACUAAUUUCAAUACCGUUACCGCGAAUCUAAGUGAAAUUAUUUCUAACAGCGAUAAUAACAAAUCUUCGACGAGUACAACGUCAACGUCAACGUCAACGUCAACGUCAAUGUCAACGUCAACUUCAUCGUCAUCGUCAUCGUCGACGAAAACUUUUGCUUCGUUAAUGCUAGGUAGAAUUCAAAAGGACGCGGAUGGUAAAAAAACCACCCUUCUGGUAUCCGUUACACCAUUUGGUGGUGACGAAUCAUUGCCAACCGCUAAAAGGCCAAUCGAUAGGAAAAUCACAGUCAAUGGUUUCUCGAACAACACUGCUAAGUCUUCUUCUUCUUCUUCUGUCAAUAAUUCGAUGGAUAACAAAAAUGAGAUCAUGUUGAAAACAUCAAAAAAAAUUACAACUGAGCGCAAAGAUGAUAAACGCGAACAGCAACAACAACAACAGCAGCAGCAACAGCAGAACAGCGUAUCUCCGAAAUUGGAGAAGAUAGUUGAUAUGCCAUUGAUUACUUCGACAAACUUGAUAUCCGUGAUACAAAGGACGGAAAUUGAGGAUACCGUGGUUAACGUUGCCGAUAAGAAUCUCGAUAAUGUUACUAACAGGUCAGAGUUAGCUGCAAAAUCUGAAAAAAAAUUAGCCAACAUUUCGCGUAGUCCGGCAAUUAAAAAAAUGGAUAACGAAAAGCCAAAGAUCGCGAUUCAAUCGAUGCAAAAUAAUAAUAACAAUAACAACAAUACUAUUAGUAAUAAUAAUAAUAAUAAUAAUAAUAAUAAUAAUAAUAAUAAUAAUAAUAAUAAUAGUACGAAUUACGAGUUGUCGAAAAAUAAUGACAAAGAAUAUCCGAUUAAGGAUAACGGUGUGGAAUUGAAUUUAACGUUAUUGAAAAAAAAUGAUGAACGGGAGGAGGAGAUUGUUGAGAACGUUGAUAGGCCGUUGAUCCUUCGUGGUAAGGAAAUUAAUAAAAUCACGGUUGUCGGUGUGGAUGAGAAAAAAAUGAAGAAAUCAACGACGGAUUCAGCCGAAGUUAACGUAAAGAAAUUUCAUUUCGAGGAGAGUCGCGAAUCGGCAGGUGAACCAGAUGGCAAAGCAGAUGAAGAGGAAAUCUUGGAACCACCUGCAUUGCCACGUAGUCCACCACCAUCUAUGGAAAUGGAUAAGAUACCUGUAAUCGCAACCGAACCAAGGCCGUCUUUUCUUCACGGUUCUGUCAGUAUGGACGCAAAAUCGAAACCCAUGGUACCCCAAAAACCAUCUAAUUUCGUUGGGACGAAAUCGUCUGUUUUACCGAAGAGUGAGCCCCCGUGCAAUAUUGGUGGUACCAACGUGAAAAGGAAUAACGCUAAUUACGUUUUACCACCGCCAUCGGUACAGAAUGUUACCAACAGGACACAUCUUCUUUCUAAUACAGGCACGGUCAAUUCACAAAUUUCUAAUUCGGCAACGAGACCAAUUGUCAAAGAAGAAUCGGAUAACAAAACCGUAACAACGAAGAAAAUAAUUACAAAUAAAAUCGAACAAAACGAUCAUGUUAAUCAAAGAACUGGUUCGUCGUCUAAUACGUACGAAUUAUUUAAAGAAGAUAAAUCAAUUACAACGAGUUCGCGUGAUAUUGGUGAAGGUACGGACGCUGACGAUGAUAGUAAUACAGAACCCGUUAGAUCCGUUAACAAUAAUAAUAAGAGAAGAAUGGCACCAAGACCGCCAGAAUUGACGGAAGAUCUUUUACCGGUGGGUUCUAAUUUGUAUGCCAGAAAUCCCGGGGCUAAUUUGAAAUCGGAUUCACCGGUUGUAAGGGAAAAAGAAAAGAGAGAGAGAGCAUCUUCAUGUAGUCCAAAAUUUAGGAAAGCUGUUUGCGAUGUACCGGACCCAACUAACGUUGCAUCAUCCACUACCACUACCACCAUAACCACCACUACCAGCACUACCAGCACCUUUUCUUCAUCUCAUUCGAACGAGACAACGUCGUCACCUAGAAGGACUAUAUCCUUGUCGCAGGAUAGUUUGACAAAUGGUACAGAAACAACGCGGGAGGGCAAGAAACGCGGUAGAUCAAGAUUUUCGUUGAAGAGAUUUCUACGUAUGGGUUCGAGAAAGGACGUCGACAUGACUACCACCACCAACAGCAGCAACAACAGCAGCAACAGCAACGGGAACGCUUCGAAUUCACGUCUCGAUGAAAUACCGUCUACGCCGCAACCUAAACUCCGAUUGGAAAUCAUUCACCCACUCGAGCUUGAUGGUGCUGCAGUCGAAGUCGUGGGAAACGAUAGUAGAGUCGGCAGGAUCGGCGAGGAUCAGACGGAUUCCUGCGGUUUUAAGAACGAGCCCACAAAGACGACGCGUUCCAUCAAUGCUUCUCAACAUCAACUGCAUACUCUUACUUCGGCUGUUAGACCAGGAAAACCACCACCUCCGCCAAGAAAUCAAUCAUUGGAGGAAUGGUCUAGAACUGAUCAGUCUAACAAACCGGUCAGACCGCCACCGCCGCGUGUCGAAACUACUAACAAGCAACAAUUGCAUUCGAAUAGAAGUGAAAAAUCGGUAGGCAAGAUGACUCCGACUACUGCAACGUCUUCUUGGCAACCAACAAACGCCGCAUCAACAACGGCUACCAGUUCAGACUUGAUUUACGCGAAUCUGGCAGCGGAGGAUGUUACAGGUGAGGUACGCAGUGCCCUGGCACCCUCGAAACCUCAAAGAACCGCCAGUAUGAGGGAUCAAGCGACAUCGCAAUCACAACCUUUGAUUAAGAAGCACGGCUCUUCUUCUUCAUCCUCGUCGCAAAAUUUGACCUUAAACGAUUACGAGACUACUACAACCAUAACUCCACUUACUUCCGAUUCACCGACCUCGAACGAUAGUCACGUUUACGAGUGUUUGUCCAGUUCACCGGAAUGUGACUCGAGUCUCGAGCUACGUCAUGGCAACGGAUCCCAUCAUCCCAAUUGCAAGAGGAAAUCUGACAGCAGUGUUAUGGAUCCAGGCGUAGAAUUCAAAUUCCACCAUCACCAUCAUCAUCAUCAUCAUCAUCAACCAUUCCUCAGGUCAACCUCGUUGCCCUAUUGCGGUAGCGAAACGGAAAGCGAACUUUACGCACCCUCAUACACUUUCUAUACCGGUGACGAGGGUGCGGAAGAGGAUCAGGAUUGGAAGAAUAAAGACGACGAGCUUAGGUUGAAUCGAUUGAGACAAAGAAGAGGACGUAGCAUAGUUCAUCGUAGUUUAGAAGAUAAUUACGGUGCCGUGGUAGUGGCCAAUCACGAAGCAUUAGCACAAUUUGUCGAACAAUUGCAGGUGAAUCAAGUCGCACAAGUACCACCGGGUCCACUUCGUGCCUUGAAAAAUUCCAAUCCUCGUCUACGCGAUUUCACCAUAGACGCAAACACGUCCGUUUUCAUUGGCAGGCGAAUAUUCUGCUCGGCUAGUUGGAACGAGCAAAACGUCAGCUUGUGCAUCGCGUUCGAUCAAGCGAUGCACGUGUCAAGAAAGGAAUUCUACCUGGCGCCGAUAAUCGAGUUCAUAGAGACCGUGCCCAAAGAAAUAUCCGAAAGAGUCAGUUUAUCUACUGGCAAAGACAUGGAAGCAACGAUCUCGGUUUUUCCACGAUUACAAGUGAGUACGGUUCAAGCAUUUGGUUUAGUCACGAAGGAUUCCCAGGACGAAGGUUCGAUUAGAGAAUCCUCGUUCGUUUUACUUCAAUUCGUUAACGCCUUGAAAAGUCUUCAAGCACGUGGAAUCGAAGAAUCCUCGAAAGGUCUGAGUAACGUGAUGCUUUGUCGAGAGGAUAAGGAUGCCUGCUAUCGACUUUAUCUUUUGCAAGGAUUAAACGUGGACACUUGCGACGUUAGAAGUGAAGAAAAGGUUUCUUUGUGUCAGUGUGCCUUGGUUGCACUACAACAAUUACACUUGACCAAAAAACUUCCUCUAGUCCAGGAAUUAUUGUUACGCGAAAAAGCAGUUACCCUUUCUCAGGUAAAAUCAUUGCUCGAAUUUUCUCUUUGGGGUCCGGACGAUGUUACCACAUUUGGUUUAGCAAAAGAAAGGGAAGUUACUCUUCAAAGAUGGCUAGAUCUUGAAAGAGCAACUAUACUUCAUGCUUUGGUAAGAACCCGAGCACCCUUGGCUAUUACCGACGAAUAUCAAUUAUUAUUUUUGGUACGUACCAGCGCGAAAAUGAUGUGCGAGGCAUCGAUUUUAUUGGACGAACAGAACAAUCGUUUGUCGCGUGUUAGUUGAAGUUGGGAUAAAAUUUAUAUAUUUUUUUAUGUAAUUAUGAAAUUAUUUAUCUAAAGUUAGAAAAGAAGAAGAUAAACGCGAAUUUAUUAAUAUCUCGUUAAUAUUUGAAUUCGUUGAGAUACGAUUAAAAGAAAAGUAGAAGACAAAACAAAAAAACAAGGAUACGCAAUUUAAAGCAAUCAAACGAAUUUCUUUUGUAUUAUGUUUUUAUUAUAGUUUAUUUUCUAUAUUCUUUUUUCCCUUUUUUUUCUUCUUAUUUUUUGUAUUAUCAAUGUUACGUUAUUCAUUUUCAAUAAUUUAUCGUAAUUAUAUGCGACUUAGCUUUACGUGCGAGUCGUACAAAUGUAUUUAGAUCUGAUUAACAAGUAUAUAUAAUAUUUAACUCUGUUUAUAAUUAUAUUUAGUAAUUUAAAUGAUAACAACAAAUAUAUACGUGCCAAUUUUCGAUCAAAUCGUGACAAUACUCGCCAAACUAAUCAAAUUGAAAUAUAAUAAUUUAUAUUAUUAUUCUCUCUUGUGCGAUAUGAGGUAUUAUUUGAUAAGUAUAUAUAUAUAUAGAGAGAGAGAGAUUUUAAUUAUCGUUGAUUAUUACGAAAAACAAAACAAACAUAAGCAUAAUAUAAGC